CUUCAGAGAAGCACAGAGAGAAGCUGAAAAGACAAGUCAUACACGGAACGCGGUGCUUUAUUAACUCUCCAUUUGGAAGUAUCGGUCGGAUUAAAUAUAUAUUUAUUGGACACGUAUUUUGGAUUUACCCUGUAAAGAUAUUCCAACCGAAUUCUGAAGUGAAGGACUGCGUUGCACAGAAACCUGGACUUUUUCUGAAAAACUGCAGAAAUUUAGGACUAUUAUCUAGCCCGGUAAUAUUUACCAUCCUUUAAUUCGCAGUUGAUAUGUGUGUUGGUAUUUGCUUUGUUCACGGGACAUAGUAAUUGCCGCUUUAGAAAUUUGUUACCUAAGUGGCGUUCACAACGCACUCGUAUUUGCGGUCGUCUGCGCUGUUUUUAAAUUGUUUUCUAUGUUUUUUCAGCGUCUCGCGCAGGAGUGCAGAUUUUUUAGACGACGAAGAACUUCAACUUUAAAUAAAGCGUCUCGGGACACCUGCGUUCUGUUUCAGUCGUUGCGUUGCGCUUUAUUUUUUUAGCGCAAGAACGGUUUCUGUGUGAACGGCCCGUUUCAUGCAACCAGACAUCCUCCAUCUGUCCCAUCUGCGCGACAACACCGGGACGGUGGACAUCACAGGACAUUUACAGAUAGAGACUGGACGACACGCCGUGAUUUGAAUGCCUUUGCGAGGACUUUGCUGGCUUGUGUGCUGCAGAGAAGGCUUCAGUUUGCUGGCCCGGGAUCAUGGGGAAAAAGAGGAGGAAGAGUCGUUAGAGUUACGCAAUCAGGACGAGCAGAAACACAUGGGAGGGGGGCAACUAGAGGUCACUCUGUCUCAGCCCACUCGUUCAGCCAACGGCACUCCCUGUCUGUCAGGAGUUCCUGAGGAGAAGAGAAGUCUCAUCACAGAAAAGAGCAAGAUGCCGGUGGAGGAAGAGCCUGAUGUGCUUGUGAAAGGCUGGCUCCUGCGUGAGGUGCAGGACGGCUGGCUCCGGCAGAGGAGGUUCUGGUUUGUGUUGACUGCUGACUCUCUCGACUACUACACCGGCCCGGACAGAGAUGCUCGCAGACUGGGCACGCUCGUACUAACCUCCCUCUGCUCUGUGCUGUGGCCCGAUAAACAUACCUACAAACAGACAGGUUACUGGAGUCUGACAGUGUAUGGCCGCAAGCAUUGCUACAGGCUCUUUACAAAGCACUACAAUGAAGCAGUGCACUGGGCGUGUGCCGUGCAGAAAGUCAUCGACAGCAAAGCGCCAGUGGAGACGCCAACUCAGCUUCUCAUUCGAGACAUCGAGGAGAACAAAUUCAAUCCAGAGGUUGUGGAACACAUCUAUAAGCAUAAUCCCAUACUACGGUACACCCAGAGCCCUCUCUACGCCCCACUGCUGCCUUUCCCCUAUGGCAGUCUCCACCACACAUAUAUGGCUGGUAAAGGCUACACGUCCAUCCGUGAGGAGGCGGUCAGGCUGUUCAACUGUCUCCAACAGUUAGAGUCAGCCCAUGAGCCCAUUCCUCUAAUCCAGGGAAUCCUGCAGACCUGCCUCGACCUGCGGCCGCUGAGAGACGAGCUCUACUGCCAGCUCAUCAAACAGACCAGUGUAACCAACUCGCAUUCACAAAGCCCAACACACCUGCAGACGCAGCCGAACCUGCAGCUCAGAUACUGGCAGCUGCUCACCUGCAUGAGUUGCACCUUCCUGCCCAGCUGCAGCAUACUCAAAUACCUGCGCUUUCACCUGAAGAGGGUUCAGAGUUUGUGUGUGGACUCAGAGGUGGAGAGCUACGCGUCAUUCAUAGACCAAUCUCUGGAAAAGACACGCGGCCGUGAGUGUGUUCCCUCAUGGGAAGAGAUCCAGGGGCUCAUGGGGAGGCAGGAGAUACUGUGUACUGUGCACUACCCUGGACCAAGCUGCUGCCAGAUCCCAAUCAACUCGCAUACUACGGCUAAUGAGGUCGUGAGAAAGAUGGCAGAGCGCCUCGGACUGCAGGACAGCAGAAACACAUUUGCUCUCUUUGAGCAGAAUUCAUGCUGGGAGAAAGCCAUUGGAGGCAGCACCAUAAUCGCUGAUGUCAUCACCAGAUUUGAAAAUCUGUCAGCUAAAGACCCAGACUCUGAUUCUCAGUGGAGACUCUGCUUUAAGCUCUACUGUCUGCUGGACACAGAUAACAUCAGCACAGACAGCAUUGAGUACCUCUUCCUCUAUGAGCAGUGUCAUGAGAUGGUGGUGCGAGGGCAGAUGCCAGCCUGUGAGGAUGACCUGCUUUCCCUGGCAGCACUGAGACUGCAGUGCCUGCUGGGAGAUUUCAGUGCCCUCUCUCCAUACCCGCCCCUGGAGCAGCUCUUCCCAGCUGAAGUAGUGGAGGCCCGGGCCCUGCUGGCCCCCGUGGAUCCCCCCGGCUGCCCUUCCUUCCCCGGGGGUCUGCUGGCCGGGACGCUGUGGGGGCACAAGCGCCGACAGGAACAGGACCAAAGACUGCGGGCCAGACUGAGGGAGGAGGGCACCGUGGUGAUGUCAGCCAUACUGGAGCGCUGGAAAGCCCUAGUGGGAUACAGUCGCAGCGACAGCAUGGCCGCCUAUCUCACGAUCGCACGCCAGUGGUCGGGAUUCGGCUGCACUCUCUAUGAAGUGGACUUCUACAUAAGUUCGACAGGAAGCUUCUCUCAGAAGUUGUGGCUGGGCGUGGCUGCUUCCUGUGUGUCUCUGUAUCGUCAGGGUGAGGCUGAAGCUCUGGAGUUUCUUCCCAUUGGUCAGAUCUGUUCCUACGGUGUGUCUGACAGCAACACAUUCAGGAUCACCGCAGGAGAUCGGGACCUGCUAUUUGAAACCACCAAGCUGACUGAGAUCAUGCAGUUGAUGAAUGCUUACUUCAGUGCCACCCGUCGCCAGCUAGGCAAGGAUGACUGCAUCUCCAUGGAAACCAACCCUAAGCUCCACCCCUCCCUACUUGAGCUACCCUCUCACCCGGUGUGAAGGGAAUGACUCACACGCACACAUGUGCGCAUGUGCAGUCCCGGCUGAUUGCUCCCCUGAGCUCUGCAAAGUGUAGACAUUAUCUGUCCAGAAACAUGAAAGGAAAUGUGUCUGUGUGGAAAAGGACUGGAUGAUGCCGGGGGGAAACCAAAGAGCCACAACAGAGAAGUAAGUUCUGGAACUCAGCCUCGCUACACCGCCAACCAAAUCCAGAGGACACAGGGCCCCUCAACUGGCCCCUGCCACCUAGGAUCCCGCCAAAUAUCACAGACCUCAGGGGGGAAAGUACAGCUUUAAACAAAGCACGCCGACAAAAUGAGAGCUAAGAAAAGAGAAUGAUUUGAGAAACUCAUGUCUUCUCAUUGCACUGCAGGAAAAGGAUGCAAACCAUUUCACCCAUACAAACAUACACUUGCUCUGCUUUUUAUGUUCCUUUAGAGACUCCCGGCUGGCUCGCUGUUUAACUCAUUCAUCGAACCUUAUAUGACCUUGUAAUGAAAACACGGUCAAAGCACUUUUCAUUACACAGACUUUCAGAACUGUCCAUUACAGAAAUGAUGCCUGUGUGUGUGAUUUGAAUAUUUUAAGCUGUAGAACAGAAACCAAAGGAUCUUGAGCUUAUCUGUAUGAUGUGAGUGUAUUUGUGAAAAUGCUUUGAGCCUGACCCAGUGCUGCGUGACUGAGCUGUUAGCUUACAGUAACUCAACACUGUGCUUCCUAUAGCCACAACAGCCUCAUAUCCUGAAAUCCAGUUUAAACGGACUGAUUUAAACACCCUUUUAAAGUUAAAAAACAUGACCAUUUUGCUUCUCUCAAAGGAUCCCAGACCUCAUAAAAUGUUUUAAAAACACUGAAAAUGCAAGACAAAUACUCAACACUAUUGAUAUGCUACAUUAUUGUCCCAUAUUCUAUAGAAAUUACAUUUCCAUAAGAGCCUAAUCUGUAGCCCCUGCCUGUUGCUUGACUAACAGCUCAAGAACAGUCUCUCUCACCUGCUGAGGAAGCAUAUUGUCUUUCUAUGUGUGUUUAGAUUCUACUAGUUUUAUUUAUGGCGUCUGAUGUAUACAUUGUUUGGAAGUGUGUUUUUAAUGUUCUUUUUACUUUUGUUUUAUAUAUCUUUCAUAAAGACCUGUAUUUGUAUUUAAGUGCUUGUGUUGGAAAUUAUUACAAAGAGCUGAUGAUAUCAUAAUGAUGUCAUAAUGUUUCUGUAGUUUUUAUUGUAAUUUGAGUUCAUCUUUCCCCUGUUGCAAGAGGUCUACAAAUGGCAACAUAUAACUUGUUAAUAAUCAGUUUAUUACUGUAUGUAUAUCCAAUAGGAUUAUUCUUAUUUUAUGUCAUAAACUAAGUAAACCAAAUAUGAAGUAAUUUGCCCCAUUCAAAGUCAUGUUUAAACAUGGACCAAAUAUCCAGAGGUUGGGGGUCUUCUUUCCCUUGGUUUCUGACUGCCAAACAAACUAUCCUUGAAGCAAUAAAACCUGCCCAAUUAUCCUGAGCAUGAGCCCAUUUUCAGUAUGGGCCUUCAGGUUGCCUUCAGAGGAGCCAAUAGUGCCUGUAAAACAUAUGGUCUGUACACCAUCCAACAGCUGAAACUCAUACAUGCCAUAGUAAGGCUUUUUUCCCCCCUUCUCUAUACAUAGUUUAUUUGGUCUACACUAUUUUGCUCCAUACCACAGACAAAAGGUUAUCAACUACUUGACAUUCAAAGGUGGAGGGCAAUUACAACUUUUAUGUUGUUCAUUUUGUUCUUUACAUUUAACGUUUGAAAUAUAAGCAGCAUCUUUUGCCCCAUUGUUAAACCAAUCUAUGUUCAUAUUCAGCCCCUAUGAUGGCAGUAGUGGUUGUCAAAUGGUUCUUGUUUUCUUUCCAUGUCACUCUGCAGCUGCAGGCAGCUCUGCCCACUGUCAUACAUGUAACAAAACUCAAAUGACAUACUCUGAUGCUUUAGACAGUUUGUAUGCUGCAUGGUACCUUAUGAUACACGUGUAAUAGUCAAUUGCACUAUUGUUUGUACAGCUAACAUAAAUGUGCAAAAUGAUCAAUACUGUAUGUAAUAAAAAGCACCGUUA